ACUCUUGCUCUUUUUCGUGGUGCAGGCCUUCGUUCUCCUGGUGCUGCCCCAGCUGCGUGGACGGGAUAAUUUCCUCUGCACUUGGCAACCUUGAUCUUUCAUCUCCAGCACAGCGGGCUAGUAUCGUUGCCCUGACAACUGCUGUGCCUCCCGGCGGGAGGUGCGUGCAGGGUUGCUCUGACUGUUGGACCGUCAGUGCCUCCGCGGCGGCACUUCCUUCCUGCGGCGGAGUUUAAGAGCCACCCAUCGGGGUUCAGUUUCAUUUGGAGCUGCGAAGGAGCCAUCAUGAGCGUCUCCUGGAUCACAGUGACCCACCUCCUCCACCUCGGCCUCCUGGCCGCCCACGGUGGACUCUCCCCCUGCUCGAAAGAGAGGCACCUCCGCGUGGAGAUGGUGACCGUCAACGGCAGCGCGACCGUGCGCUGUCCGAACGUGACCGGGGACGAGCUCAGGUUCACUCUCUGCCGGGGGCAGAAAAAGGUCAGCUUCAGCAGUUUGAGAAAGGACGAGAGACUGAAUCACACGGAGGUGGGAGCGGUGGAGUUCCAGGUGUCUGGACAAAACCACACUGGCCACUUUGUGCUCUCCCGGUUGGUAAUUAACAGCACUGGGCUCUACACCUGCGAGGUGGAGGUCGUGUAUCCCCCUCCCUACGUGAAGCAUGAGGAGUUGACCUUUGUCCUCGUCAGAGAGCCUCCAUGUCAGCCGGAGAAAAGGACAGGAUGUCCACCUGUGGGUAACCUCGUCGCCAUGUGGGAGUGGGUUCUGGCCUGUGGUGUGCUCACCCUCUACAGCGCGGUCAUCACCGGCGUCGCUGUGGUAAUAUGGCGCAAGCUGGAACGUGACAAAUCCCUCCAGCAGGACUACAUGAACAUGAAGCCCAGGGCGCAGAAGCCGCGGCAGAAAGUGCUGCACCCGGAGAGAAUCGGGUGGUAGCGAGAGAACCCAGCCGGCGCGGGGGACCGGUGGAACCAAGUGCCGGGAAGAACGAUCCGGAUGCAACCGUGAUGUAACAUCCACGUGCCCUUCGACAGGGCGGCCAUUGUUUGUUCCGCAGCUGGUGGAGGUGUGAACUUUAUGUACAGCGCUGAAGACCUGUGGAGAGACACCCUGAAACUGACAGCUUCUAUGUGAGAGAGCUCACAGCUCCACACAUUCACAGAUCUGACUGCGCGCGCACCCACACACACACACACACACACAUACACACACACACACACACACACACACACACAGAGCAAUGCACACGCAAGUUUCCUGUCGGAGCUUGUUGGUAGCAUCUUGCAAAGUGAUCACACUUUGCAUUUCCAUGUUGCAGUUAAGAGAUGACCUAUUUCUGUAAAUGGUAUCCUCCUGUAUAUAGAUCAACACUGUGAUAGACUGUUCCCAGACUGAUUAAUGUCAAG